AUGAAUCAAAGUUAAACGAUUUCAACUCUAAACACCUCCAUUCAAAAAGCCAAAUCUGAUUUCCAACAAAUCACAACUCAAAACAGGUAUUCAUUACUCUUGAACUAGAUCUCUCAUCUCACAAAUGAAAAUUGAUAAUUCAGAAUAUACAGAUUAAUUGAUCAAUUAAAAAUAAAAAAAUACAGUGGUAGAUACUUAACUAGCUUUAAGUGUGAUUAAGGCUUAGGAAGAGUGUGCUUUGAUCGCAUAAAAAAUUGAGAUAGAAACUAAAAAGAAGGUAUAAAAUCACUUAUUGUUUUUAGUAAGACUUGGAAAACCUUGUGAAUGCAAUGAAAACAAGCGCAAAGGACAUCUCUAAAAUAGAAAAUACAAAUUCUGGCAGUGAGUUAACUUAAGUGUAGAAAGUAAAACAAACAUUUAUAGUGAUAGGCAGUUCGAGAUUCAGAAUUGAAACUGUAAUAGAUUCACAUUAAACACAAUGAGUAAUUAGCAGAAGUAGAAGCAGAAAAAGAAUAAUUAAAUCUCAGCAGAAGGGAAAGAGUCAUUUAUUCGACUGUGUUUAAAGGAAUUGAAAAAGAUGCUAUUUUUAAAUAAAGAGAAUAUUAAAAUUGUAUAAGAUAAAACGAAUUACUCAAAGAAGAGGUAACACUAAACCCUAUUAAUUAUAGUAAAAAUUUCUACAGGACUAAUUGAAACUGAUUAAGGAAUUAGCUGAUAAGGAACAAAACAAAUUCUAACAAGAAUACGAAGCCUUGUUCAAACCUUAAAAAGAUGAGUAAUAGGAACAAUAAAGCAUGGCUUCAGAUCAAAAAUCUUAAGUUUAAGGCCCUUAUCUAACAGAAUAAGGGGAUUAAUCGAAACCAAUACUCAAAGAAAGGAGUGAAUCAUAAUAGGAAUAGAAGGAUGUUGCCUAGUAAGUACUUGAAUAUGAGGCUUAAUUUAAUAAGCUUUAUUUGGAAACAGGAUUCAACAAUGUCGAGGCCAUACUGAAAUAAUAUUAUAAUUAAGAAAUUUGGAUUGAUGAAAUCUAUAAGGAAAUAAAUGAGAUCAAUUAAGAAGUAUUAAUAUUAUUAUCUUCAAGAUUGAACAAACUGAAUAAAAGAAUGAGAAAAUUUAGUAAUAUUUAUAAAGGUUUAAAUAAAUGGCAAAGGCUCCAAUCAAAGAAUAAGUAAAUUCAGAAGAUUCUAAGAUUGAAAGAAUUUCAAGAGGCAUAGAUUAAAAUAAAAAGCAAAUAGCUUAAAUUUAGUAACAGUAUAUGCGGAUUCAAGAAUAAAUAGGAGUCGAAAUCAUAAAUAGUGAUGAUGAUGAGACGACCCUUUUGCCAAAAAUAGAACAAUUAGAAAAGAUAAUUGACAAUAUUUUAUUAGUUUCAAAUCAAUAUGUUCCAAAAUAGGAUCAAAAGAAACAAAAGAAAGGAACAGUUAAGUUUGAGGAUGAUAGGAGUGAAGUAUCAGGAACUAAAUUGCAAACAGAAUUAAAAUCUUAAACUGAUCACCAAAUUGAUUUAGACAUUAUUUUGACAGAGGGUAGAUAUCAUUUAAAACUUUAUAGUUGAGAAGAAAAAGACUUUAGCUGAAUCAAGGCAUACAAAGGAAGAAUUAUCAAAGGAAAGCGCUGAUUAAAUGGUAUUUUCAUAAAAUAAAAAAUAAAAUUCCAAAAGAUCAAAACAUCAACAAUCCCAAUAUUGA